AUGGGGCAGCCGCUGCGGGCAGCAGGGAAGAUUUUCCGUGCACGGUAACUUGGGAUUUGAUGGCUUAGGGUGGUUUUCUUUUGGAGUUUGGGGUUUUCCUGGCUUUAGGCAGGCUGGUGGCUGUCAACUUCCCGGCUUGGCAAGCCAGGCUGGCCAGACAUCUUUCCAGGCAGCUGCCCUGCCUGACACCCACUUGUUGUGCCCCUGACGCUGCUAACAGUGCCAUUAUCCUGCAGAGCCUGCGCUCUGUCCCCCAUCGCUGCUCCUUCCUCGCAAAACAGCCUCUCCCGCUUGGGCAUGGCACAGCUUAUCCUUGGCAGCUCCUGCAGCCCUGCUGCCGCUUGUCCCAGGAGCACCGGGAUUUCUGCUUUCAAACAGCCGUGACUGCACCCGCCAUCUCCGCGCUCUCUCUGCCAUCCAAUACUGUUCUGCCGAAAAUCAGGGAAGUGUCCAGAUAGGGCGGCUGGUGGGUUCCCACCCCAUUCCUCAGAGCAGCCCAGAUCAACCCCCCAGCUCUGCUUGCUGCAGCCGUUUCACUGCUGUAGAGCAGCAGUGCAGCCAAUUCAGGCUUCUCCCUGCUGCUGUCAGGUGAGGGGAUCCUAUCAGGGAAAGGGGAUCCCACUGGAAACAAGGAGAUCCCACCACGUACCCGUACCCAGCAGGAGCCACUGGCGCUGCCGUAAUUAAAGCUACCAGCCACAGAGAAGUGCUGGUGCUGGAAGUGCCGGCUCCAGUCUCCAGCUUUGAGGUGUGGCUCUUUGAGGAAGAGGCUGGUGACCAGGAUUUGGUUUGGCUUUGCCACAGCAGAGGGAAAGGUUCCCUUUCCAUGUCUCCCUGCUUUCCCAAAGCCUUGCUACAGAGCAGGAGCACAGAGUGGUCUCUGGCAGCACGGGAUGUCAAAGGAGACCCUCAGGGUUUUGGUCAUACCUGGCCAGCUGCUACUCCAUAUCCUCUGGGUUUCCUUCUCCUUUCCUCUAGAGGUCACACCUCAAUGGCAGAGAGCAUUUCACUUUUGCCUCCUGCAGCUGUCAAGGUGAGCUUCGCAGGGAAAGAAAAAACCACCAGUGGGAGCCUGGCUGGAGCCUGAUGCCGGGGUAGAUCUGUCACAGUGCAUCCCCAGUGGCCACCCCGGCACCAGCACCGCAGUUUUGGCCCCAGUCCCUGCUCCUUGCAGACACUGAGAACAAGAGAAGUUGCAGAGAGAGGCACAGAAAUCGAUGCCAGUGCCACCACCAGUGAGGUCCCAGCCAUAGAGGCAGCAAGGGCUCGGGUGUGUGAGGAGCCCACCCUGCGGCAGGCUAUUCUCGGCAGCCGCACCUGCUGGGAGGUUGCUGCCGCGGUGGUGGGGAAGGUGUUGGCUGGUGGCACACAUUGCGGCAGCGUGACGCAGGCACAGUGAGCACCCAGUGCCCACAGAUCCUCUGCCGAUGUCCACCCUUUCCGGGGAGCCCCACGGGGACCCCUUUCCCGUCCUGAUUUUCCUUGCCCGCUGGCACACAUUGCCAGAUUCUCACCAGCAGUACUUGCGCCACUGCUCACCAUGCCUCGGCCAGCUCCUGCGACCCACUGCAUCCCUCGCAGGGUUGCAAACCAGUGCAGCCCAAAUGGUGCGAGCUGGGAGCCAGUGCAGCCAGGGCACAGGCCACACUGCUGCAUCAUGGCUUGGGGCAGCUGUGGCAGGUACCACUGCAGCCUCAGAUACGGACUGUGCCGCAUCCCUGUCCUGCUGCUUCUCCCAUUGUGCUUCAGCUCCCACAGCAAGGCUUUGCUCUGCUGAAGAGACUGGCUUUGCUAGGGUCCCCCACAUGUCCUGGCAAGGGCGGGUGCCACCACUCCGGCAUGGCAGUGCGGGCAGGGCUGUGCCCUGUGUAGCGAUGGAGCCCACGUUGUGCUUUCCCAGCUCUCUCCGUAGCACCACAGAGUGUUUGGCGGCGUGGCUAGCCGGCAGAGCCCACGCUCGGGUGGCAGGAUGCUCUCCAUGACCUACAGUGAGAGCCUGCGCAGCGUGGCCAGCCGGCACAGCCCCGAGUGGGGGCUGCCCCCAGCCCCCCGGGCGGCCGACGGGCUGGAGCUGCGGCGGCUGCGGGACGUGCGGGCGGCGGCGCGGGCGAAGACUCUGGAGGAAUUCCUGCGGAUGCACGGGCUCUCCCUGGCCGACAGUACCGCCCGCGCCACUGGCAUGAAGUACAGGAACCUCGGGAAGUCUGGGCUGCGUGUGUCCUGCCUGGGUCUGGGAACAUGGGUGACUUUUGGAGGGCAGAUCACAGAUGAGAUGGCAGAGCAGCUGAUGACUUUAGCUUAUGACAACGGCAUUAAUCUCUUCGACACGGCAGAAGUCUACGCUGCUGGCAAGGCCGAGGUGGUGCUGGGGAACAUCAUCAAGAAAAAAGGGUGGAGACGGUCCAGCCUGGUCAUCACCACCAAAAUCUUCUGGGGAGGAAAGGCUGAGACGGAGAGGGGCCUGUCCCGAAAACACAUCAUAGAAGGUCUGAAGGCAUCGCUGGAGCGGCUGCAGCUGGAGUACGUGGACGUGGUGUUCGCCAACCGGCCCGACCCCAACACGCCCAUGGAAGAGACGGUGCGAGCCAUGACCCACGUCAUCAACCAGGGGAUGGCCAUGUACUGGGGGACCUCGCGCUGGAGCUCCAUGGAGAUCAUGGAGGCAUACUCGGUGGCCCGGCAGUUCAACCUGAUUCCACCGAUCUGCGAGCAGGCUGAGUACCACAUGUUCCAGCGGGAAAAGGUGGAGGUGCAGCUCCCUGAGCUCUUCCACAAGAUAGGCGUUGGAGCCAUGACCUGGUCCCCACUGGCCUGUGGCAUUGUCUCGGGGAAGUACGAUGGGGGCAUCCCCCCCUACUCCCGUGCCUCGCUGAAGGGAUACCAGUGGCUGAAGGACAAGAUCCUGAGUGAGGAGGGCCGGCGGCAGCAGGCAAAGCUGAAGGAGCUGCAGGCCAUCGCUGAGCGCCUGGGCUGCACCCUGCCCCAGCUCGCCAUCGCCUGGUGCCUGCGCAAUGAGGGUGUCAGCUCUGUCUUACUGGGGGCCUCCAACGCCGACCAGCUGAUGGAGAAUAUCGGAGCAAUACAGGUCCUUCCAAAGCUGUCGUCUUCCAUCGUCCACGAGAUCGAUAGCAUCCUGGGCAACAAACCAUACAGCAAGAAGGACUACAGAUCCUAAGCGCGCCCGAGCGCGCCGCCCGCCGCGCAGCCCUCGCCGCCCGUUCGCUUGCUUACGCUUUGUUGGAGCAAAGUGGAGAGUGUGGUUUGCACCGCGAGCGCCGAGAGCCAGCGCUCCCGCCCGCGCUGCCCCGGACACGGCGCCGCAGCCGCCCGGCCCGGCUCUGCGGCGCGGGGGACGGCCGGCGGGAGGCGAGCCCGGGCUGCCCGGCCGCCCUGCCCGCAGCCGGAGCCGCCGCGGGGACCCGUUGCAUGCGUGGCUCCUGCCCCCGCGUUGCCGGAGGCGGUGGGCGCGGGGUGCACGCGGUGCUGUACGCCCACGAGGCCGACAACACGAAGCUGUUCCCCAGCCUG